AUGAGCAAUAGUGUAAAUGGAGAUGAGUUUUCAGAAAGAGAUGAAUGUGAUAUUGAAGGAGAUGAUUAAAUGCCUCAAUUUAAUAUGGAAUAAGUAAUGGAAAUCUUAAAUAUAGGUUUAUUUAUCAAUGACAUCUGAAUUCGAUGGAAUCUUUGCCUAAUCAUUUCUCAUCUCGAAAUAAAUAACAUCUUAUGUUAUCAAAUAAUCAUUAAAAAUAGCAGAAGAAUAAGUAUUCCAUAAUUUUAUGUAGUUUAUGCAAACUCAAAUACCCAUCAGUUCCAAUGCAUAAGUAAUGACAAUUAUGGAAUUAAUUGUUGUAAGUUAUUUCAAUUAAGAUGGUUUAACAAUAGAGGGAUGUAAUAUGUCUGAAGAUAGUGAACCUGUAUAUAUUUGUGUAUAAUAAAAGAAUGUAAUACAUUAUGAUCGUUGGAGAAGAAAUAGAGUUAGUAUUGAAGAAAUGAGUUAGUCAUUCUCUGAGGAAUAAGAAGAGUAGGUUGAAAAUGAAAUACCAUCAUAACAUAAUAGCUCAAAAAAUAACAAGUAAAGAUUUUCAGUUUUGGAAAGGAAAAAACCAUCAACUGUUGCACCUCCAAAGUCAAGUCAUUCAGAGAUAAGAUUGAUUGAAUUUUAAGUAGCAGAAGAGGAAGAUGAUUUUGUUGAUAAAUUAAGAUAGAAGAAACUUUAUGAUAUUAAGAAGAAGAAUGAAAUUGAAUAGAAAAUUAAAGAAGACAUCAUUUAAAAUUAAGUAUAAAUUUAACUAUUUCCUUAGAAAAAAGAAUCAUCUUCAAAUAAAUAUACUUAUGAUUAUGAUGGCAAAAUUCUAUUAUCAAGAGGAGUCAAAUAUGAUAAAUUAUAACCUACUGCAUUAAAAAUUAAGGUCGAUUUGAAAGAUCUUCCUAAAACAACUAAUUAAUAGAAUAUACCUUAAACCAAUUCAAAAAAAGGAAGCAAAUAAGUCAUCUAAACUUAAUAACCAAUACCAAUACCUCCUAAAACUACUGCAGAUAUACCAAAUAAAGUAACAUCAUGAAUUAUAUAAGAAUAUAAUAGAUCGAAAGGAUGCAACCAAAGAUGCAACUGGAGAUAAAGGACUUCGAAUUGACAGAGGAGCAUAAUUACCUUAUGAUACCUUCUCUAUGACAAAUGGCGUUAAAUUGAUCUAUGAAUAAAGAUACAAAGAAGGAAUUAGACAUUAGGUUAGUGAUUCUGCUGAGUAAUUACAAUAUAGAUUGUCAGGAUAAAACUUUUUACCUGGUGAUGACAUAACUAAAUAAAUGCAAUAAAUUAGAUUAACUCGAACAGAAUAUAAAAUGUUAACUGACAAUGGUAAUCCAUUUUAAUAAUAAACUAAAUCUUAAUUUAUACCAUAAGAAAGUGUUGAAACAAAAAAGAAUUUAGAUAAUACUAAACUUGAAAAGACAGUUCAAUUCAAUGAAAGUCAUCUUGUUAUGAACAAAUUCUCUCCUAACAAAUAAAACUAAUAAAAAAUAGAAACUAAAUAAGAGAAAAUAUUAACUAAAAAUGCAAAAUUACUUGAAAAUCUUCUAGUAUAACCUAAUAAACCAGAAACACCAAGUUAAACAGUUAAAAAAAGUGAACCCAUAUAUAAGUUAGUAAUUAUUAUUUAAACUAGAAAUCCUAUUGAUAUUUUUAAUCAAUCAUUACUCAAUUAAAAAGAUUAGGGUAAAACCAAUGCUAAAAUUGGAUAUUUUCCUCCUGUUCCUGCCCCUGCACGUUCAUCGUAAAAUCGAGGACAUAAUGGAUCAUUAGAAUAACUGUAUUUAUCUUUGAUUUAUAACUAUAGUUACAAGUUGCCAAGAGAUAGAAUCAAUGUACAAUAGUAAAGAACUUAAAGUGAAUUCUAUAAAUUGUAACCAAAAAGAUCUACUCAUAAAUCAAUGAGCGAAGGGAUGUUUUAAACCUUUUAUACAACACAUUCCAAGUUUGAUGAAAAACUUAGAUAAUUUUGA